UGCAGAAUUGGAUGCAGUUCCCUUCUGGCUACAGCUCGCAUCCUCCAAACUAUAGUGCACCCUCAGGACACUAUACCCAAGUGCCCAAUAAAGCUGCUGCUUCACAUUUGGAUAAUCAGUACAGAGCAAGUUACUACCCUUCUUACUAUUCAGCACCAGCACAAAAUGUUCUGACACCGUCUGUGGGUACCGAUGGGUUGAAUUCACAGGAGUCGCAGCAGUUCUACAGCAAAACUCCUCCCCAUACAGUGGGGUCGGCUGAAGGACCUAUUCAAGGAGCAAUAUCCUCUGCAUCCUACUUGCAUACGAGCGCUCAGCAGUCAUACUCAGCAUUCGGUAAUCACUACAGCUCUUCAGUUGCAUCUCAGGGAUUUCCCCUUAAUUCUGAUCACUACACCAUGCCUGUGGUUUCUAGUGCCAUGUAUCCUAACGUUUCCUAUCCUGCAGCUGCUGGCAGUGUGUAUGGGCAGGCAUUUACCUCUCAGAGCCCACCUGCUGUUGGACAGUACAAAGAGCCAAGCACGUUUUCUAGCCAGAGUACGACAGUACCUCAUUCACUCCAACAGCACGUUCCCGUGGGAUAUAAUUCAACAAUGCCAACUGUUUCAUCUGCUCGGUCUGUUCAAGACAACCUCAACAGGAAUCUCGCUGGAUCGGUUGCUAAAGUAAACAACCAAAUAAAUACAGGUGGCAUUGACUCUUCAAAGCCCGUGCCCUCCGUGAGCCAGAGCGUUCCGUUCACCAAGCCUGGGGCUGGAACGUCUGCUUCCCCUGCUGCGAUCUCCUCCGUAAGGACACCGGCUCCAAGCCUUUCUUCACAGCCGCGAUCUUCACCCGCUGUUACCCAGUCACCAGAGUCGGCCCUUCAGGAAGGCAUGCAGUAUGGUGGAUAUGUUAAUAACCAAGCUAGCUCUGCACCAGCUCCCUUGUCAUCAAGUUCAGAUGAUGAGGAAGAGGAUGAGGAGGAUGAGGAAGCAGCAAUUGAUAGUUCCUCUACUACAAGCAGUGCCUCUCCUGUUCUGAACAAUUACGAUGCCCUGGAAGGAGGUGGCUAUGCAGAGACACGCUCUGCUACCAGCAGCCCAGCUCCUGCUCCAUCAGCUCCCCAGACAUCAAAAGCUUCGAAGCCCUUUGGUUACGGAUAUCCAGCGCUGCAGCCUGGCUACCAAAAUACAGCACCAUCUACUGCCGUGCAGCCCAGUAACCCAGGACACCAUCCGGGGUUUCAGCACUAUCUCCAGCAAUAUCCAGGUGUGAACCAGCUGUCCUCUUCCUUAGGAGGGUUAAGCCUACAGCAAUCUCAGCAACCAGAAAGCUUGAGACCAGUAAACCUUACACAAGAUAGAAAUAUUUUGCCUGUAUCUUCAGUUGCAGCACCUGUGCCUAACUUGAAUUCUGAUCUUAGGAAAUUGAACUGCAGUCCAGACUCAUUUCGAUGUACGUUGACAAAUAUUCCGCAGACACAGGCGUUGUUAAACAAAGCGAAGCUUCCUUUGGGGUUGUUGCUGCAUCCCUUCAGAGACCUAACGCAACUACCAGUAAUAACAUCAAGCACAAUAGUGAGAUGCAGAUCCUGCAGGACAUAUAUCAACCCUUUCGUUUCUUUCAUCGAUCAGAGGAGGUGGAAAUGCAAUCUGUGCUACAGAGUUAAUGAUGUUCCUGAAGAAUUCAUGUAUAACCCUCUGACGAGAUCUUACGGAGAGCCUCACAAACGGCCAGAGGUCCAAAAUUCUACAGUGGAAUUCAUUGCUUCCUCAGACUAUAUGCUUCGUCCUCCUCAGCCUGCGGUGUAUUUAUUUGUUUUAGAUGUGUCUCAUAAUGCAGUGGAGGCUGGAUAUUUGACAAUAGUCUGCCAGUCGUUGCUGGAACACCUAGACAAGCUGCCUGGAGACUCAAGAACCAGAAUAGGGUUCAUAACGUUUGACAGCACCGUGCAGUUUUACAACUUGCAAGAAGGUUUAUCUCAGCCUCAGAUGCUGAUUGUGUCGGAUAUCGAUGAUAUUUUCCUGCCUACACCCGAUAGUUUACUUGUAAAUCUCCAUGAAAGCAAAGAG